AUGGAAACGACCUUUGAAUCAAUGAGAUGCCCUGAUGACCAUAAAGUAGCAUGCACGGCAUAUGUACUGCAAAAAGACACAGAAGUGUGGUGGGCAGAUAAUAAACCGAAUAUGAACCUAGGAGAGGGGAUCACAACAUGGGAAACCUUUAAGGAAGCCUUCCUGAAAUAUUACUAUCCAAAGAAAACCCGUAUAAAGAAACAACAAGAAUUUAACCACCUGACCCAAGACAAACGCACGGUGGAUCAGUAUGAUCAGGAAUUCAUGAGAUUAAGAAGGUUCGCACCGUCACUAGCAGACACUAAAGAGAAACAGACGGAGAAAUUUGUGUUGGGGUUGAACCCGAAGGUCCGCUGCAUGUUGGAGGCAUUUAACCCAAAAACUUACAAAGAGACCUUGAGAAUAGCCAAAGCUCUGGAGGAACCUCUGGAGGAAUAA